CUAGAGCAGCAACCAGCACGCGGUCACAAACUAUCCGCACACGCACAGCCCUAGAAAAUUCCGAACGCGGAACACAUCAGGACGCCCACUCGUCCCCGACUGCGAGGACAACACCCAAAUUGAAGCGAUAAAACAGCAACACAGCGGCUGCCCAAAGGGCCGCACUUCCGGCAUCCGCGGCGGUCACGUGACGGGCGCGACCCCGGCCCUGAGCGGCUUUGGUCCGGACGGGCUUUGCCCGGACUCUUUUAACAGCUGCUCCGCCCACCCCGGAAGUAGGGGCGGAGCCUCAAGCGUCGGAGCCCAGUGAGCGGAAGGGGCUGUUGGAGGCUUUAAGGUAGCUUUAAAUUCCAGCUGUCUGGGGCGCCUGCCUCUUUUGGCUGGAGUCGGACUUCGGUUCCCGGAUGGCUGUGGACGUGAAGUCUCGAGCUAAGCGUUAUGAGAAACUGGACUUCCUCGGGGAGGGCCAGUUUGCCACAGUUUACAAGGCCAGAGAUAAGACCACCAACCAAAUUGUCGCCAUUAAGAAAGUUUCCUUUCUGUGUGCUUUCCUGCCCUCAGUUAUUUGGUCCACAUUUAAGCUUGAACAGAUAAAGGAGACACUUAUUUUCUUAAUUCCAUUAUUUGAAUGUGUAGUUCAGAAACAUAAGGGACAAGAAUCAAACUGGGUCAUAGAUCAGAAGCCAAAGAUGGUUAUAAUAAAGGAUAGCAGUCUUGUGCUGACACCAUCACAUAUAAAAGCCUACAUGUUAAUGACUCUUCAAGGGUUGGAAUAUUUACAUCAGCACUGGAUUCUGCAUAGGGAUCUGAAACCAAACAACUUGUUGCUAGAUGAAAAUGGAGUUCUAAAACUGGCAGAUUUUGGCCUGGCCAAAUCAUUUGGGAGCCCCAACAGAGCUUACACACAUCAGGUUGUAACCAGGUGGUAUCGGGCUCCCGAGUUACUGUUUGGAGCUAGGAUGUAUGGUGUGGGUGUGGACAUGUGGGCUGUAGGCUGUAUAUUAGCUGAGUUGCUUCUGAGGGUUCCUUUUUUGCCAGGAGACUCAGACCUCGAUCAGCUAACAAGAAUAUUUGAAACUCUGGGCACACCAACUGAGGAACAAUGGCCUGAUAUGUGUAGUCUUCCAGAUUAUGUGACAUUUAAGAGUUUCCCUGGAAUCCCGUUACAACACAUCUUCAUUGCAGCAGGAGACGAUCUGCUCGAGCUCAUACAAGGCUUAUUCUUAUUUAAUCCGUGUACUCGAAUUACAGCCACACAGGCAUUGAAAACUAAGUAUUUCAGUAAUCGUCCAGGGCCUACACCUGGUUGUCAGCUGCCAAGGCCAAACUGUCCAGUGGAAACCUUGAAGGAGCAGUCUAACCCAGCCAUGGCAACAAAACGGAAAAGAACAGAGGCCCUGGAACAAGGAGUAUUGCCCAAGAAGCUGAUUUUUUAAUUGCAAAGAACACUGGAAUUCUACUACUGAAGGAAAGAGUCAAGAAAGAGAAUAAUGACAAAAUAGUAAAAAUGAAGUAAAUGCUGUAGAAGUGAACUUGUAAAUAUGCUACAUGUAUAAAAUAUAUAAAACGGAGUUAUUUUUAUUAAAUGUAUUUUAAAAUAA